AUGAAGGAGGUGGUGGACGUGGUGGGGUCCAGAGCCGUCCAACUGCCUCUGGCCUGGACAGUAGGACCCGGGACCACCGGGGAAGACCCACAGGAGGAGGACUCCUGCAUGCUCCCUUCCACGUCCGCAGCUCAUGGUGCUUCUUUAAAGCUGCCAACGAGAUCUGUCCUGGUUUUCCUUCAUGGCUCCGGGGUCCUUUGCUGGGCUUUGGGAAGGGCCUGUGCAUCCUGCCGGUGGCCGGGUAGUGUGUGCGUGAGCUCCCUGAUUAACUUUCAGAGCUGCCUGGCCCCCACGCCAGCUGCGCCCAGGUUCUCGGGUGGCCUCGGCCACCCGCAUGUGCGGCCCGGGUGCCGCGGGCCGGGCGGAGGGGGCGGGGCCUGGGGAGGGGCCGGAGCGCGGCUGCCGGUGCCUCUGCGGGAGCAGAGGAAGGAGGUGGUGCGUCCCCAGAGGCGUGCGCCGGGACGGAAGGACAGACGGACCCACGCGCGCGGCGAGAGGGCCGGUGGCGAGGUCGGUAUCCGGUGGGCGCGCGGGCGGCGCGGGGAGGGGCGGCAGCGAGGGGAGCCGGAGCCCGGGGGAGGGUUGCGGGAGGGGCGGCGACGGGCCCGGCGCCGGCUGCGCCCGGGGGUCGGCGCGAGACCCCUCCCCGGGCCGGUCGGGCACGCGGCGAGCGCGCCCCGGCAGCGAAAGCGGAACCCCGGUAUCUCUUCUCCCUCCUCUUUUCUUUCCAGUCAGCGAAAAAUAAACACCCGGGAAGGUAAAACAAUAGCGGGGCCACCUGGGACGCGGCGGGAGCCGAGCUCCCACGUUUGGGGCGGGUGCCGAGGGUGGAACCGGGAGCGGCGGCCCCACCUCGGAGCCCCUUCCAGAUUUGCCCCCGCGGAGGGUGGGGCUCCCCGCGGCGCCGGGGCUCGGUGGGAGGCUGAGGGAGUUCCCUGGAGUGAAGAAGCAUUUGGUGAAAGUACUGCAGGAACAAUCGGUCUUCCCACGAUUGCUCUACUCUGGGCGGGGAAACUGAGGCGGAGGCGAAGAAAUCUGCUGGCAUUGUGGGACCGCUUCAGGGCUGCCGAACGAACGCCAACUUCCUUCGUUGUGUUUCGGGCAGGUCUGGGGCAGGUGGCAGCCCCGUCAUGGAUGGAGACGGACUUUUUGAUGAAGAAACCCGAAGCAGGUGAUGUCAGCUAG